ACGACGGGUAGGAGCGUGUGUGAGUGCGUGAGACAUUUACUCCUCUAACUACUGGAAGACAAACACACUUUCCUCUUUCGACUUCCUUUUUCUUUAAUCCUAAAAAAUAAGAUCACUCGAGAAAUCAAAUCAAGUGGAUUUUUUUUUUUCAUUCCUCAUUUUAUUUAUUUAUUUUUUUUAAAUUUCCAUCCAGACCUUUUUUUAGGGGACUCAGUAUUCCGUCCCCUCGCUGGAAAUCCUAUGUUCUGAUCAACAGACAUUUCCGUCCACACAAGAAGACAUACCUCAUGGAUUUGUACCUUGUUGGAUAUCUACAUCUUCUGUGCGUGUGGUUGUCCAGCUCUCGGGUGCUCGGAGGCUAUCCCAUCUGGUGGUCCCUUGCCCUGGGGCAGCAGUACUCGUCUUUGGGCUCCCAGCCCAUCCUGUGUGGCUCCAUCCCUGGUCUAGUGCCCAAACAGCUGCGCUUCUGCCGCAACUACAUUGAGAUCAUGCCCAGUGUUGCCGAAGGGGUCAAACUGGGCAUCCAGGAAUGCCAGCACCAGUUUCGAGGUCGCAGAUGGAACUGCACAACCAUAAAGGACAACCUAUCCAUCUUUGGGCCUGUGCUAGACAAAGCCACUAGAGAGUCUGCAUUCGUUCAUGCGAUUGCCUCAGCUGGUGUGGCAUUUGCAGUGACACGGUCUUGUGCAGAAGGAACCUCCACCAUGUGCGGCUGUGACUCACACCACAAAGGGCCACCAGGUGAGGGCUGGAAAUGGGGUGGCUGUAGCGAGGAUGCCGAAUUUGGAGUGCUUGUAUCCCGGGAGUUUGCAGAUGCCAUAGAAAACCGUCCAGAUGCUCGUUCCGCCAUGAACCGGCACAACAACGAAGCUGGACGAAUGACCAUCCUGGAGAACAUGCACCUGCGCUGUAAGUGCCAUGGCCUGUCCGGGAGCUGCGAGGUAAAGACAUGCUGGUGGGCGCAGCCUGACUUCCGUUUGCUGGGUGACUAUCUGAAGGACAAGUAUGACAGCGCAUCGGAGAUGGUGGUGGAAAAACACCGGGAGUCCCGGGGCUGGGUGGAGACACUCCGAGCCAGGUACGCCUUCUUCAAGCACCCCACUGAGAGAGACCUGGUCUACUAUGAGGGCUCGCCCAACUUCUGUGAGCCGAACCCGGAAACGGGCUCAUUCGGCACACGUGACCGAACCUGCAACGUGUCGUCUCACGGCAUCGAGGGCUGCGAUCUACUUUGCUGCGGCCGUGGUCACAACACGCGGACUGAAAAGCGCAAAGAAAAGUGUCACUGUAUCUUCCACUGGUGCUGCUACGUCAGCUGCCAGGAGUGUGUACGAGUCUACGACGUACACACAUGCAAAUAAGGAGCGUGAAAAGUGCAGGGGUGGCAAGUAAAGAUCAGAAGACUGAAAGAGAUAGGACUAAGUAGCCUAUGCGUGUAUACACAAACACACACACACACACACACACACACACACACACACACACACACACACACACACACACACUUACAAGAUUGUAUUGAAUACAAAACACACUAUGAGUAGUGGCACUUCAGUACCAUGAACUUUUAAUAACCUUUAAUAACAAUCGAGCCUGUUUUCUGGGAGAAUUAGCUACCAUGUGAUUACCACCAUCAUUCCUGAUGUAUUCCUUUUUUUUUUCUUUCUAAAUAUUUUAUUUAUUUCAGCUUUGGUGUGUGAAACUAGUGUAGCAUGUUAUUACCUGAACCCUCAAAGUCUUCUGGUAUCACUUUAGCCCCCUGGUCAUCUCUCCUUAAGGCCUGGUGGCUGAAACUAUAUCUGCCCAUCACACUCUCACACUGCGUUGACAUGAACACAGCUGGAGGGGGCUGGUGAGAGAAGAAACGGGUGAAGGAGGAAGUGUGCUUACUUAACUACUGAUCAUUCUGAGCCUGAAGUGCAUCUGAAGGCUGGGGUCUUUAAGCCCGAAUAGACUACUGAUAAGGACGUAAUCCUUAUGCUUUUCCUUAAUGUCCUCCCUGAUCCUGCACAGGUGUGCCAUUUAAAGGGGUACUCCAACGUUUUGUCAACAAAAUGUCUAUCUACUGCAUCUGUAGCGUACGUGUAGUUACCACAGGCAAGACGUCAACGCAUUCCUUUGUAGGGAGUAAAGAACUGCAAACUUCCAUACUAUGGAAUAUACGGGAAGUUGUUGAACUUUUAUAAAAAUUUAUAACGUGACUAAAUAAUGCAAAAAUUACAGCCGAUACACUGGAUUCCUUUUACAAAUUUUAGGAAAAGUUCUUCAAAUGAAAGUCUAUAGUUUCAAUAUACAUUUUAAAAUUCACAGUUAAAUACGUUUUAAAUUAUGCCAAAUUCCCUUUACAAAUUUUAUAAAACUCACUCAUGUUGGAAAUCUAAGGACAAUUGUUGAUUUUUGACAAAUAAAAUUUUAAAAUGCACGACUAAAUAAUAGAACCUAUAACAGAAGUCUAUGGCGAGUCGACGAAUUCUGUCUGUUUUUACAAAUUAUGCAAAUUUCCGUGAAUUUGUUUCUGGAAACUUUGUUUUAUGACUAAAUCGUGCUCUUCGACUAAUUCCCUUUGAAAUGUAAGUCUAGGGGCAGUCGAUUUCUGCCACUAAAAUCUUUAACUGCAUGACUAAAUAACGCAAAAUGACGAGUUACAUUGCAUUUCAUUUAUAUAGUUUAUAAAACUCGUCUAUAAUGGAAGUCUACGAAAAAGUGAUAAAUUCUGUCGAAAUUAUGAAUAAUAAACUAAAUAAUGCAAAGCAGCUGUUAUACUAUUUUCUGAAUACAAGAAACUCUUAUAAUGGAAGUUGAAGGGCACUGAAUUUUGUAAAAAAAAAAAAAAAGAAAAGAAAAAAAAAAGGAAAAAAUUCUUAAAAAUAUUUAAUAAAAAGGCCAAAUAACGCAAAAUGCAUUGGAUUUCAUUUAGAAGAAACAAGUCAGUAAGGGCAGUUUUUGGUAGAACAAUAACCAUUUUUUUUACAAACUAAUUUUGCUAUUUGUAAAUAAAACUCUUAAUCUAUAAUAUAUAUAUCAUUUGUAUUUUAAGGGAGACGUUUUAAAUAGAAUUUAUGGUAAUGACAAAACAACAUUUUGCUUCAUUGUCCAACGUUGGACAAAAAUGUUGAAAAUAUUUGAUCAUUUUUAAAACGUUUGCAUUCCUUUAAUCACAUUCGAAACAUCUAUUGACAAAAUUCAACACCCGCCUUUAGCCUUUCGUUAUAACCGUGUUUGAAGUGCACAGAUUUCCAGAUCGUUUCCCAGAAAAUAGUAUUGUUUUGUAUAGUUAUCAGUCAUCGAGUAAAGAGAGAUUAGAUGGAAAAAUGCUGGAGUAUUCCUUUAAAAAAAAAGUCACAGGUCACUGAUCUCACAUACUGAUCUACAUGUAUAGAAAAACUAAUAUAUCAUCGACACUGCCUGCUGAACAUGUCCAGAAUUAUAGGGGUGUUGAAAAAAACCUCAUUAAUAGAAAUGGAAAAUAAUGCUGUACUGCUGAAAUGACUGGAACGGUACGAUUUUGGCCAUGAACUCUAAUGUGGUGCAUUUACUUUCAUGAUGGUGGUGAUUCGAAGGCAAAGAGCAGGUGUGUAGAAAUUGACUACCUGUCUAAACAAAGCCAAAGUGUUUUCAGGUAGAAGCCAAACCACCAACACACACACACACACACACACACACACACACACACACACACACACACACACACACACACAAAC